AAAGGGGGAGGGAGGCAGUGGGAGUAGAUGAGGGGCAGUGGGAGAGUCGUGGACAGACUUGUUUUCUCCUCCUGCAGCAGGAGCAGUUCCUCCUGCAGCUCUGCUGGGACCUGGACCUCCUUUCCCCUCUGAUCACAGCAGUACGAUGGAGAACAAUCCAGGCCGAGGGGGGGUUUCUAGCAGCAGGAAAUCAUCGUUCCCUGCAGCCCCUUAGGCCGUCUUUCACCUUGUGUCGUUAUUGGAUUAUUGAACGGAUGGGCCAUCCCAACAUUUCUUAGCAACUGGAACAAAGUGUUGAAAGAGGGCUUCAUCACUCGUCCUGCUUCAUGAGCCAGCAGGAUGCAGCUGAGGUCCUCGCACUCUCUGAGCGCCUCCUCAUAGCUUCACACAAGGGACAAGCCGACAAUGUGGUGCAGCUCAUCAACAAAGGGGCCAAAGUAGCCGUCACCAAGUAUGGCAGAGGUCCCCUGCACUUGGCUGCCCACAAAGGUCACCUGGAGGUUGUGCGCAUCCUUCUGAAAGCUGGCUGCGACCUGGACAUUCAGGAUGACGGGGAACAGACAGCCCUGCACCGUGCUGCUGUGGUGGGAAACUCUGAUAUUAUCAGCAUACUCAUCCAGGAAGGGUGUGCACUGGAGAGACAGGAUAAGGACGGGAACACGGCCCUCCAUGAGGUCUCCUGGCACGGGUUCAGUCCGUGCGUCAAACUGCUGGUGAAGGCUGGAGCCAACGUUCACGCCAAAAAUAAGGCAGGGAACACAGCUCUCCACCUGGCCUGUCAGAACGGCCACACUCAGAGCUCCAAGGUCCUGCUCCUUGGAGGAUCCCGGCCUGACAGCAAAAACCAUGCAGGAGACACCUGUCUGCAUGUGGCGGCUCGCUACAACCAUGUGGCCAUGCUACGCAUCCUGCUGGGGGCCUUUUGCUCGGUGUCAGAGAAGAACCUGGUCGGGGACACUCCGCUACACGUAGCAGCCGCCCUCAACCACAAGAAGACGGUACGUCUGCUGCUGGAGGCCGGAGCAGACAGUCACAUUCAGAACAAUGCGGGUCAGACGGCGUUGGACCAGGCCAGGGAUCACAACAACCCAGAGGUGGCUCUGCUCCUUACCAAGGCUCCCCAGGUGCAGAGCUUCAUGCGAGGAAGGAGCGUGAGGAAGAGGAGAGACAGACUGAAAGCAGAGGGCCGCGCCCGAUCGGUGCCUAGAGAUGAGAUGUUCAGCUGUAACGACAGCGUGUCGGCUGCAGACCAAACCCAAGGCAGCGACCCCGCCGCUCGCCAGCAACCUGCUGGGACAGAGACAAACAUCCGAGGAGAGAAGGUCAGCAAGCAGAAAGAGAAGCCCUCGCUGUCUGAACCUCUUCGCCGUAGAGAGACCAGGCGCCUGGAAACUCUUCAGAGGAGGAAAAACAAAGCACAUGCAUCCAUUCCACCUCACAACUAUAAAGCUUAUCAGCUCUACACGCUCUACAGGGGGAAGGAUGGCAAGAUCAUGCAGGCUCCGCUGAACGGCUGCCGCUGUGAUCCACUCCUCAGUAAACUGGAGAACCAGCUGGAGGCCACCAAGGAGGAGAUGAAGGCUGAGAUCCAUGCUGUGGAGGAUGUGAUGAACAGGAAGCUGGGCCAGCUGGACCGCAGGAGCAGACACCAGAUCCGAGCUCUGGAUAAGAUGACGCUGGAGAGGGUUUCUGCAGAGAAGAGCGAGUGUCUGCAGAGGAUGGAGCAGUGGGCCGUGCAGGAGCGCCUGGAGGCCCAGAAGAGACAGACGUCUCUGGUGGCUGAGCUGAAGAGCUGGUGUCUGUCCAAGCUGCAGAACAUGGAGCUCCACUUCACGGGAGACUCUGGCACCAGGCUGCAGCGCUCGUCCUCUUUAGCCGACAUCCUGAGUGAGGCUGAUGGAGCCAGCGACGCCGCACCGCCACCGCCGCCGGCCGAGGCGCCGGCCGAGCCCGGCUGCAGCUCCCAGCUCCCAGAGCUCCACAAACAUGAGACGUGCGCAGCAGAACCCAGCAGGACCAACCAGUACUUUGUGGUUCAUGUGGAGAACUCUCCAGAUGGUGAGAAGGAGCAGAAGACGGAGGCAUCAGCAGCAGCAGCUCAGUCGUCUGUCCAAGUGGUCCGGCCAAAGGAGCGCCCUGUGGUCUCUCCCGACACUCAGAGGAAGAAAGUUGAGCUGGUGGACACUAAGCGACAGAGGCAUAGAGCCAGCAGCCUUUCUCCGGCCGCAGGGCGCCGUGACAGAGUCAGGCACCAUGAGAGGCGCUCCCAUGGCAGGACUGGGUCCAGAGGAGCCGCAGGGAUCAGGACUGAGGCAGAGUCUGGAGAGCAGCCCAGUGAGCCGUCCUUCGAUCAGGAGAGGGACAAAAUGCACGCCGUGGAGGUGACCCAGUACUUCUUUGAGGCGGUGUCCGUCCAGAUGGAGCGCUGGUAUGAGAGGAAGGUGCAGGAGGCGCGCUGGCAGGCCGACCAGAGGGCGCAGGCAGACAAAGCUGCUCUGAUCCAGAGGAUCGCACAUCUGGAAGAUGAGCUUCGAGCGCUGAGGAUGAGUCGGCACGACGCCUGCUAACGCUGCGCCGCUUCCAAACCUCUCAGUCCGUCUUUCCUUCUGUGCUGCUGUAGGGAAAACCUUCAGUUCUUUAUGAAAAUAGCUGCUGUUAGAAGUUAUCUGUCUGCCUGCUGCGUCCAACCGAUAAGCUAUGAGGUCUUUAUAACAGAGGAUGAGGAGGAGCUGGAAACAGCCGUGAUGGUAACGUAUCUGAUGAUGAUGAGCGAACAUUUGUGUUUAACCCUUUAUAGGGCACUCAGUGAAAUACUUUGAAAUUGGAGUGUUAUUGGAAUCCAGGAAAAUACCUUAUUACACCUUUGUAACAUAAAAAAAAAUAUGGAUAUUUACAUGGCAGAACUUAAUUUCAAAGUAAUAAUACGAAAUGCAAACUUGCCCAAAUAUAUAUAAAAAAA